AUGGCCGACACGCGCUGCCAAAGCUGCCUCGCAAGUAUGCAGGUCAUCCAACGCAUUGGUCUGAGCAAACGUGACCUCAUUCCCGUGACAAUGCACAUGUACGCAGCCAACAACCACGGCAUCAAAAUCCUUGGUGCCGUCAUUCUACGAUUCUCUGGCCCCUCAAAAUCCGGAAAGGUCCUCGAAACUCGCCAGAUAACAUAUGUCACCAACGAUUCUAACAAGAUCUUCCUGAGUAGAGAGGCUUGUACAGAACUAGGUCUCAUCACGGAGAGCUUCCCCACCGUCGGUGAAGCCGCUGACCAGUUGACGAUCAGUCCACCCCAGCAAACCCCCAUCCCAACAGCACAGAACCACACUACUAUACCAUGCAAUUGUCCACGUCGCCAGCUACAACCACCGAAACCUACCCAGCUGCCACUCCCAGCUACAGAAGCUAACCGUGCACGCUUGGAAAACUGGCUCCUAGAUUAUUACCAUUCGAGUACGUUCAACACUUGUGAACACCAACCCUUGCCAUUAAUGGAGGGUGAACAAAUGCGCUUGAUGAUAGACCCCAAUGCUGAACCGAAAGCACACCACACACCAAUCCCAGUCCCACUACACUGGCAAUCAGAGGUUAAGGCCGGCCUUGACCAAGAUGUCGCGUUAGGUGUCCUAGAACCUGUCCCAGUCGGCGAGCCAGUGACUUGGUGCCACCGCAUGGUGGUGUGUGCGAAGAAAAACGGCAAACCCAGACGCACGGUUGACUUCCAGGCACUUAACCUCCACGCUACCAGAGAGACCCACCACACCCAAAGUCCGUUUCACCAAGUACACUCCAUUCCCAGUGGCAAAAAGAAAUGUGUUUUCGAUUGCUGGAACGGAUAUCAUAGUGUUCCCUUGCACGAAGAUGAUCGCCACCUCACUACGUUUAUUACCCCUUGGGGACCCUACCGAUACAAAACUGCACCACAAGGGUAUAUCGUAUCUGGCGAUGGGUACUCCAGACGCUUUGACGAUAUAGUCUCGCACAUACCUGACAAGACCAGAGUUAUUGAUGAUACACUCCUUUGGGCAGACAACUUGACCGCCAGCUUUCACCAAACUCGCUCGAUAUAUGUGGGCGUCAUGGAAUUAUCCUAAAUCCUGACAAGUUCGUGUUUGGCCAAGACAACGUCGAAUUCGCGGGAUUCGAGAUCACUCCCACCAAUGUCCGGCCGUGCGCACGAUACCUGGAUGCAAUCCGUAACUUCCCAACACCGACUAACCUCACGGACAUACGAUCUUGGUUUGGUCUUAUCAAUCAAGUAUCAUACGCUUUUGCCGCAUCGACCCGCAUGCAACCAUUCCGCGAAGCCCUGAAGCCCGGUACACCCUUCAUCUGGAACGAGGAACUGAAUAACUUAUUCAACGAGUCAAAGACUGUCAUUGUUAUCGAGAUUGAAGAAGGCUUCCGUAUUUUCGACAAAUCUAAACCAACAUGCCUGGCUACAGACUGGUCGAAGAGUGGCAUCGGUUUCUGGCUGUUUCAAAAGCACUGUCAAUGCGCAUCCACCGACCCUUUCUGUUGCCCCACAGACUGGAAAACCACCCUCGUCGGCAGUCGUUUCACCCACGCAGCUGAAGCCCAAUACGCCCCAGUGAAAGGCGAGGCCCUUGCUGUGGCGGAUGCCCUCGACAAAGCACGAUUCUUCACCCUUGGCUGCGAGGAUCUGAUCAUUGCUGUGGAUCACAAGCCCCUACUCAAGUUAUUUGGCGAUCGUUCCCUCGACGAAAUCUCAAAUGCUCGACUCCGCAGCCUAAAGGAGAAAACCUUACGAUACAGAUUCAGGAUGGUACACAUUCCCGGCGUGAAACCGCAGAUGCUGUAUCCCGACACCCAACUGGUCCCAACAAUCCAGAGAAACUGUUAUUACCCGACGACGUCGCAAGCACAAGGGAGUCCACCAACCCACCCGACAUGGACCCAUAUAGACAUUCAUUCUUGACUGGGAUACGAUGCGCAGACCUCGCCUCAGCCACUACCUCAUCGAGUAUCAACGACGAACUUACUUCAUCUGCCUCCUCGGCGCUGAAUGCUGUAGCAGUCACGUGGGAUAAUGUUAAACUGGCCACGACUAGUGACUCUGCUAUGCGUAUGCUAGCCUCAAUUAUUGAGUCAGGUUUCCCUGACCUCUGCCACGAAUUACCCAGAGAACUCCACGAAUACUUCCAGUUUCGCGAAAACCUAUACACAGUGGACGGUGUCAUCCUCUACAAUGAUCGUGUAGUGAUCGCACCGCUACUCCGUGAAAACAUCCUUGCUACGUUGCACUCCGUACACCAAGGAGUGACUUCCAUGAUCGCACGGGCUUAG